AUGGAGCACUCUAGCGCAGGUGACAACUCUGAACCGGCCAACACCACCCCGAACACCUCUAGUCUAAGUCCCCAUGCUGAACCCCCGCUCCCUCUAGAUCUGCCAGAGGCAGAAGAGUCCCAGAUCGCUGCUCAGACACUCGCCAACACUCAGCCCUCCACCGCAACCACCGUCACUCCAGCUGACUGGGGGGUCUACCAGAUCCCUUCCCCCACAGCCUCUUACGACGCCGACGACGACUAUGGUAUCGGUGCUGACAUGGACAAUGUCGCAACUCUGGGCGAGGUAGAGGAGGAGCAAACGGAGCAGGAGACAGCCCCCACAUCUGAAACUACAGCUCCUUCACGGCGAUCUACAGGCAGGACUCUCCCUCGCUGGACCCCCGAAGAAGAAUGCGAGGUCCUAGCCGCGUUCAUCACCAGGCAGGCACAGAUCCGAGCGCGCACUGGGCAGCAAGGCCGCAGUUGGUACCCAUUAAUCCAGCAAGAGCUUCUGGAGCAGAAUCCCCGCUGGCGUCACGAUGUAGCAGCGCUCAAAGCGAAGUACAAUCGCAUGAAGGAGCAAUGGCGCAAGAUCAACGACCGCAGCAAGCGCUCCGGGGCGGGCCGCGCUACUGGUCUCCCUGCUUGGUAUCACCUCGGCGAGACUUUAUGGGAACCCGAGACAACUAGCACUGCUGCUGAUACAUCCGCUCCUACUAACGGUCUGGUAUCGUCCGCACCUUUGAAUCCCUCCUCCCCCUCUCGCGCUCCGCCACCCGUUGGAGACACCCCUUCCCGUCGCGGGCCCCUCUCUCCCUUGUCGCCAGACACAAUCCCGCUUGCGUCUCCGACAUCCGGUCCGCCUGAUUCAGGUGCGACGACGGGUGUCUCGAUCCGCAGUCGUCGCCAAAUCUGGGGAGCGCGCCCGGCGACUGAUGGGAAAGAAGGGUGCAGCCGCAACGCGUGGUAUCAGUAUCUACGCAAACAGACCGACGGCAAAGACGGGCAGCGGGGAAGGGGAGGUACAAAGGGCAUCGGUCGCAACUCCGCAGGGAGACCGAAAUCCGCGAGCACGGCAGAACUGGUGCGCGAGCUACGUGACCACAAUGAUAAGCGGCAAGAUGAGAAGUGGGAGAAGUUCGAGACUCUUACCCGUGAGGUGCUUCGGAGCUUCGCGGAUGAGCGACGCAGUAGGAGGCGAAGAUCGCCGCAGUCCACCUCCUCAUCCGAAGACGAGGCGUGA